AUGGCGGACCACGCCAUGCCUUUCCAUCAAGCCCCGUCAUCGUCUAUUUCUCUCUCCUCAACCAUGAAAAUAAGUUCUCCAUCAACUGCUAACGAUCUUUAUGCUAACAGAGCCCUCACUGGUUUCUUCGGGUUGAAGGUGGAGGACCAAUCUCAGGCUAGAAAUAUUGGUAAUGGUGGAAGCUUUGGGGUGCCUGGAAAUGGAGAUAAAACAGGCGGGAAGAAAGGAAAGAAGAAAAUUAGGUUUCCCAGAUUUGCUUUUCGAACGACGACCCAGGUUGACAUAUUGGAUGAUGGGUAUAGGUGGAGGAAGUACGGCCAAAAAGCUGUGAAGAACAACAAAUUUCCAAGGUCAGUUCGAACUCUCUUCAUUUAUAUAUUCAUUAUGUGCGAAAGAAACCCUGAUCUUGUGUGUGUAUUUUCAGCUCUAAAGAUCACAAACACUUAG